ACCUGGGUACCCAAAGUACCUUAUCUAGGUAGUAGUCGCUGCUCCGAGGUUCCUCCUACCAUCUUUGACGAGGCGGGAAGGUCCAAUGAAUGAAUGGGCUUGCUCGGAGCUCUGAUGGAUUGGUCUGAGCAUAUCUGUUACUGUUGGGAUGUCCGUUGCGCCUGCCUUCGUUCGCCCUUUCAUACACUACCACCUCACAAAGCAGAAAGCACCGUAUUGUCUCCGCGUAACGACACCACCUGCCAAGCUGGUACGUUUGCAGCCGAGGAUCCCCACCAUCAGCACCGGCGUCAUGUGGGUUGAGUUGCCAGCAAAGCUCUGACCGAGAACUUACACUGCAACUCAAGCAGGCACCGAUUGCACGUUAUACAGGUUGACGCUGCCUUGAUCGGUAGGUCUGUAUACCUAC